AUGGUGGGACUAAGGGUGAACUAUCAUCGUCAUAUAGAAACUGUUAUCUAUCAUAGAAACUGUUACAGGAGUGAACUAUCAUCGUCAUCUAGAAACUGUUACAGGAGUGAACUAUCAUCGUCAUCUAGAAACUGUUACAGGAGUGAACUAUCAUCGUCAUAUAGAAACUGUUACAGGAGUGAACUAUCAUCGUCAUAUAGAAACUGUUACAGGAGUGAACUAUCAUCGUCAUAUAGAAACUGUUACAGGAGUGAACUAUCAUCGUCAUCUAGAAACUGUUACAGGAGUGAACUAUCAUCGUCAUCUAGAAACUGUUACAGGUGUGAACUAUCAUCUAGAAACUGUUACAGGAGUGAACUAUCAUCGUCAUCUAGAAACUGUUACAGGUGUGAACUAUCAUCUAGAAACUGUUACAGGAGUGAACUAUCAUCGUCAUCUAGAAACUGUUACAGGUGUGAACUAUCAUCUAGAAACUGUUACAGGAGUGAACUAUCAUCGUCAUCUAGAAACUGUUGCAGGUGUGAACUAUCAUCUAGAAACUGUUACAGGUGUGAACUAUCAUCUAGAAACUGUUACAGGAGUGAACUAUCAUCUAGAAACUGUUACAGGAGUGAACUAUCAUCGUCAUCUAGAAACUGUUACAGGUGUGAACUAUCAUCUAGAAACUGUUACAGGAGAGAACUAUCAUCGUCAUCUAGAAACUGUUGCAGGUGUGAACUAUCAUCUAGAAACUGUUACAGGUGUGAACUAUCAUCUAGAAACUGUUACAGGAGUGAACUAUCAUCUAGAAACUGUUACAGGAGUGAACUAUCAUCUAGAAACUGUUACAGGAGUGAACUAUCAUCGUCAUCUAGAAACUGUUACAGGAGUGAACUAUCAUCGUCAUCUAGAAACUGUUACAGGAGUGAACUAUCAUCUAGAAACAAUGCCACCUCAUUCUGCAGAAUAUUACAGAAGUAUGCCUCAUGAUUCUGAGGUUGUAUGUUCAAGAGAGAACGUGCAGGAUUUUGUGGCUCAAUGGUUAGAUCCCCCGUCUCAACCUUAAGUUUGUGGGUUUAAACCUCAACUUUACACUUGUGUAGAUUUCUGCAACUAUUAAUGUCAGACAAAGAGGAGCAAGAAAAAUGUG